AUGAAUACAAAUGCAUCUUCAAGGGAUUUACUAACACUGGCACCAUUGGGAUUAUCUGAUACAGCUAUUUAUCCAGCAUUUGUAUUUGGCACACUUAUCUAUCUAAUUAUUGUCUUUUGCAACUUGUUAGUAUUAACAACUAUUGCUGUGAGUAAAAAGCUACACAAGCCCAUGUUUAUCCUGCUCUUUAACUUGCCCAUUAGUGACCUGGUCGGCGCUACAGCUUUGUUUCCUCAGCUUCUUGUCAGCAUUGUGACACAGAACAGACAGAUUUCCCAUCCUGCAUGCAUCACUCAGGCUUUGCUGUGUCAUAUUUAUGGUACAGGAAACUUGCUGAUCUUGAGUGCCAUGGCAUAUGACAGAUAUAUUGCUAUAUGUUGUCCUUUGAGGUAUAAUGCCAUCAUGACUCCACAUAACGUAGUUAGAAUUGUAAUUUUUAUAUGGUUUAUUAAUAUAUCCCUAAUAGUCACAUUGAUUGUGCUGGUUGCGCGGAUUCAAAUUUGCAGGAACAAUGUAGUGGAUUUGUACUGUAACAAUCCAUCAUUAAUGAAACUGGUCUGUGAGGACACCAGAGUGAACAACUACUAUGGAAUGGUUACUAUAAUUGUGCUUAUGGGCGGCCCGCUGUUAGUGAUAAUAUACACAUAUGCACAAAUCUUGCGCACAUGUGUCAUGAAUAAAAAUACGAAUGCCCGGAGAAAAGCCAUUCAAACAUGUGGUUCACAUUUAGUUGUUUUCUUAAUCUUACAUAAUACUACCUUUACACUCAUUGCUCAUCGCAUUGAAAGUGCAUCCCCGUACAUUAGAAGGAUUCUUGGUAUGUCAAUUUUAAUAUUUCCUCCUUUAUUAGACCCGAUUAUAUAUGGACUGAAACUUACAGAACUGAAGCAGAACAUAUUCAUAUUCUUUAAAAGAAAUUUUUUUUUGUACUUUUUUAUAAUUAUAAAUUAUAACUCAAAUCUAAAUGGAAUUUUCACACUUUUUAAAAUGUUAUCUCUGUAUGCAUUUCUUGUCGUAUUAAGUCUCCCAUGUUUUUGCUUAAUUGAUGGAGGAAGAGCAUAA